AUGUAUAACGAAUUGAAGAGCAAAGAUGAAACGCGCGAAAUGUAUAUGCAAGAUAUGAAAAAAGCUUUAGAUGAAUUUGCUACCGUCUUACAGUUUGCCCAAAUUGAAUUGGACGUUAAAGAGAGAGAAUGUAUUGACAAAAUAUUGAUACUUAGAUCAAAGCAUUCAUCCGUUGAAAUUGAAAAAAAUGACACCCGUAUACUAGAGACAAUAAGAGUUUACAAUAAUACAAAAUUCGGUGUGGAUGUAACCGAUCAAAUGGCCAGAAAAUAUAGCGUAAAAUCUAAAUGUCAAAGAUGGCCUUUACAGGUUGAAGCGAAAACUGGCCAAGAGGAGGAGGAUUCCUUAUACAUUCGUCGGGCUAAAUUAUACCGCUUCACUGAUGGUGAAUGGAAAGAACGUGGUCUGGGCAAUGUGAAAAUACUGCGUCAUCUGGUUACUAAAAGGCUACGCGUACUUAUGCGACGCGAUCAAGUGUUGAAAAUAUGCCUCAAUCAUGCUCUGAGUGAAGACUUGGAGUAUAAGCGUAAAGAUGAUAAAUCCUGGCUAUUUGCUGUCAACGAUUUUAGUGAGGAAACCAUAGAGUUACAAAAAUUUUGUUUGCGCUUUGAGAGCAAAAAAAUUGCCGAAGGAAGCUGUCAAAAUGGCAUUGGACGGUAGUGCAUUACCUAUAUUAGAAACGAUCUGUGGCAGCAUUUCUACGGAGAAAUCCGUUACCAGAAAGCCACCAGCAAGUGCCUUUAAUAUUAGUGAAGAAAAUGAAAAAUUGGCUAAUGAGUUAAAGUUGCCACUGGAGUUUUUUAAAGCAAAACCUCUCUGCAUUGGUUGUCGGGGAUGUGAUGCGGAUAACUUCACGUUUAGUGCUAGCAAAGACGAUGACGUCUUUGACAGUCGAGAAGUUACUACACAUUGCACGUUACCCAUGGAAUUGCCAUCGUUGAUAUUAAUAAAGCAAAAUACUUUUUUGUACGCCGUUCCAGCGGCGACAAUGACAAAAACUCCUAGCGCCUUAAUCAACUUUAAGAAAAAACUGAUGGAUGCAUUUAUAGCCAGUGAAAGCGGUAUAAUGAAGACAAAUGAAAAUGUGACGGUUAAAAUUGAUGGGCAGGAAGGCCAAAGCUCCACCAGCCUUUUCACUACAAAAUCGCCUACCAUUGACGAGAAUAAAACAAAUGUUGCCCAAACUGGCGAAGAAGAAGAGUCGAAACUUUUCGGUGAACGAGUGCCUUCUUUUGCUGGGACAGUACUAAUAAGGAAUGGAAAGAAAGAGGUAAGUAAGGUUUAUGUAAACAAUUAUAAGCCUUCCUAACUAUCAUGAUUAUUUAAGGUGUUGGUGAAUAGAAAAUUUUAUUGCCUCUGCUCGUUUAUGGUUUUUCUAUUCCAUUUGUUAAAAGUUUCAACUUUUUAGGCUCUGCCCUACACUCGAAACUUUCCCCAGCAGCUCACAUUGACAACAUAGUCAAACAAUGUUUUCAACUCAUCAAUGUCAUUGAAAUUUGUGGCAUUUCUUGGGGCUCUGAGCCUUCUUGCAUGAUUAAACUCUAUCUUGGCUUAAUCACAUCAGGAUUAUAAUAUCUUAUUGGACACCUCAAAGAAGGACUCUUUGAAAUUAUAUAAAAUGCGAUGAAAACGCCUUCGUCUGGUUCUUGGUGGCAUGAAUUCUACGCACACACUAAGCUUGGAACAGAUGACAUAACAUCUUAUUGUAUUCUGAAACGUUGAUGAGCGCCCAUCGGAAAUUUAGUUCUCGGUUUGUUUUUAAUUAUUCAUCAACGAUUUGAAUUUAGAUAGCUUUUUACUUACAAAUGGCCUAGGUACUUGAUUUAACUGAGGGGCAGAAUUAUUGCCAAGAAAUAGUACUGUUGUCAAAUGUUAUGUCUGACAUUUUUACAUUAAAGAUUAUCAUUCUAUCCCAAAAUAAUAGGUUUCAUGUACUCGCCUGACAUUUUAGAUAAUCAACUUAAUAAGUCUCUGUUGCAGCAGUAUAAACCCGUGUCAAUGCACACUCUAACGAGCAAUGAUUCUUCAGAAAUUGAUGUUAUAUUUACUUGAAGAUGGAGAUAAUCCAA